AUGAAGCAAUCCUCUGGCCUGGACAGCCCGCUGGGCUCGAGCAACAAGUUGACGCUGCUCGACCAGGUCCGGCUGGGAUAUCGCAGUCUCCCACGCUUCACUGACGAGGUCUUGGUCCACAUCUGGUUCCAGUCCCUCGGUUUAGUCGGUGCCGUUGGCGGUGCUGUAAUGGGCGCACUGUCGGCGCAGUCACUUGGGCGCUGCCGCACCAUGGCAGUCAGCGUCAUUGGGAUCCUCUGCACCUGGCUGUGCGUUGGCUGCGCGCAGGAGGUGUGGUAUCUCUACACGGGACGCUUCAUCAACGGUUUCUUCGCCGGCAUGUUAUCUCUUGUGGUGCCGGCCCAGAUCUCCGAGCUUGCCGACCCAAGAAACCGAGGCCUACAAGGUGCCCGGCAUUUUAUAGGCAUGCUCUUUGGCUCGAUAUACGUGACACUCCUGGGACGCUAUGUCACGUGGUCCAUGUUGGCGUUCACGUGCCUCUUACCAGUGGCGGUACUGGUUCCUCUGUCCUGGUUCCUUGUCGAAUCGCCACGCUGGCUUCUGCAGAUUGGCCAGCGUGAAAGAGCCAUGGAAAUGCAGAGAAACCUGCGCAAGGAACCAGUGGAGGCCAACGCAGAGUUCAAGCUUAUGGAGAAGGCAUUUUCUGGAACCCCCAUGCCAUCGCUACACUACUGGCUAUCCACGCACAUCAUGUUCACGCAACAGUUCUGUGGAGCCAAUAUGGCAGCAACGUGCGCAAGUGUGCUUAUGGGUCCAACAGGAGUCUAUGCAGACAGGGAAGAUACCGAUCUGGCCAUACUUAUUACUCAGGUGGCUGUGGCUCUCGCUGCUCUUCCUCUGGUAGACACGGUGGGUCGCCUGCGGUUGCUGGUGGUCUCUGCUAACGUAUGCGUCGCAAGCAUGAUAUCGUUGGGCAGCAUGUACCCGAACAUGCUAAUUGACGCUGCCAGUGAGACCACUACCAGCACGCUAUCUACAGCAGCGAAUGCCAGCGAACUCGAUGUGGGCGUGACCAUCGUUCCUGGGAGCCGGCUGGGACUCGUCUUCUUGAUCGUCUUUUUCUUCGGAUAUGCACUGGGUAUUGGAUCUGUCACCUGGAUACAGGCUGCAGAGCUGACGCCUCUCCGCGGCCAUGGCGUGGAGUUCGGCAGUGUGUGCACUUUCCACUGGGCAUGCGCAUUCUGCAGCGUCACCUUCUUCGAGCGCGUGCGCGCAGGUUUCAGCUUCGGUGAGAUGGCCUGGUUUUACGGCACCCUAACGCUCGCCAACGGACUGGUGCUCUACUACUUCAUGCCGGAGACCAAGCACCUCCCACUGGAGAGCAUCUUGCUUGACGAGUGCCCCAUCGAGGAUAUGCUUGGACGACGACGGUCGAUUACCCUGGGUUCUCUGAGUCGCGGCAAGCGGCCAACCUUUCCCUCGGUGGGUUAUGCACUCGGCGUCUCCCUACCAUCCUCGGGGCCACAUGUGAAGUCUGACAGCACGUCCUUCGAAGUUCCCAGCCCAUUCAAGAGUGACCGCUCCCCGGGUGUUACUCAAGAGCAACCCCCUUCUACUCACUUCUAUUGA